CCUGAUUUGAAGAAAAACGAUUGCGAAAGCGAAUUUAAUGCAUUUAAGGCGUGCUUGAUGAAAGCGGCAACAAGAAAUGGUACGAGGCUAUGACAAUUAGAACCAGCAAUCUUUAGCUUCUAAUUAGUAAUUUGCCUUCUCCGAGAAGCCUAGCUUGCACUUAAAAAAUGGAUGCACCAUUAUUUAGGAAGCAUUGUUUAAUAGCUUUCGUGCUUAGAGCAUCUUUGGUAGUUUAUACGAACUUUCACGAUAAAACUUUCAAUGUCCCGUACACUGAUAUCGAUUACAAAGUGUUCACCGAUGCCGCAAGACACAUCGUAGUAGGGAGAUCUCCGUUCGAGCGCGACACUUAUCGUUAUACACCGUUGCUAGCCCUCCUUUUGACGCCAAAUAUUUUUCUGCACGAGAAUUUCGGCAAAAUUUUAUUCUCUUUCGUUGAUAUAUUGAUAGCAGUUUUGAUCAAAAGAAUUCUGUCGUCUCAAAACUGUAACGAGAAAACGAAACACAGGUGCUCUCUGGUAUGGUUGUACAAUCCUUUCACAAUUAUUAUUUCAACUCGAGGAAACGCGGAUUCUGUGGCUGUUCUCUUAGUUUUGUCGACCUUGGAUUUAUUCCUUCGAGAUAAAUACGCGUUAGCAGGCUUGGUGCACGGUUUAUCGAUUCAUUUCAGACUAUAUCCUAUCGUAUUUAGUUUACCAAUGUACUUAUCACUCAAUAAGAACGUUCUAGCGCCGACGAAAGAUCAAUGGAAAUUGGUGUCGGGUUGCGUAUCUUCCCUGAUUCUUUUAACCGUCGUAAAUUAUUAUUUCUACGGAUACAAAUUUCUUUACGAGAGCUUCCUUUACCACGUGAUCCGUAAAGACGCGAGGCACAAUUUCUCCGUUUACUUUUACAUGCUGUAUUUGUCCGCGACCCAUUCACCAAGCACAAUUCAAAAAAUGUUUACCUUCUUACCACAAUUUAUAUUGUUACUCACCCUGUCGUAUAAAUAUUCAAGAAAGUCCGAAAUACCGUUUGCAAUGUUCACGCAAGCCAUGGUAAUGGUGACGUACAAUCCAGUGAUGACAUCGCAAUACUUCUUCUGGUUUUUAUCACUGCUACCCGUGUGUCUCCCAAGAUUUCGAAUAAGUGUGAAAAGAUCUCUAUGCUUAUGUUUCGUCUGGCUCUCGAGUCAAGGUCUUUGGUUACUAGCCGCUUACUUGUUAGAGUUUCGAGGGUUGAAUACUUUUACGUUUAUUUGGCUUUCUGGUUUAUUAUUUUUCUUCGUAAACGUUAAGGUUUUAAACGACGUUAUUCUAUAUUAUGAACAUUAGGGAAUAUAUAUUAUAUUAUAAUAAUAUUAUAUAAUAUUAUUAUUAUAAUAUUAUGAGAGAAUAUUAGAGAAAUACUUGCACAACGUAUUCUUAAACCGAGUUCAUUGUCACGUAUAUAUAUAUGUAUGUAAAUAAACGAUAAUAGAAAUAUACAUAAAAAUCUCGUCAA